UGGCGGCCGGUGGCGAUCCGGAGCGGGACGCCGGCAAUUCGGAUUGAGCCCUCGGCCCUCACAGCUCGGCGGCCCCCCUUCCCCGGCCCGGAACCCUCGCAGGGGGGGGAGCUUCCCCGUAGCCGCCUGUCCGGACUCCGAGCGCCCUCCCGAGCCUUCCUUCCCCCCCCCUCCCUUCCCCCCCUCUCGGCCAGCGCCCAGAGAUGCGGGGCCGGCGAGGCAGGCCGCCCAAGCAGCAGCAGCCGGCGGCGGCCACCGCUCAGGCGAGCUCCCCGGCUCCGCCCGUCCCGGCGGGCCCCAUCGGGGGGCUGAGGUCCCGGCAGCGGGGCAGCAGCCGCGGCAGGUGGGCGACCUCGGCCCAGGCGGAGACGGCGGGGCCCAAGCAGAAGGGAGCCGGGGCUGCCCAGGCCUCUUCCCCCGCCGCCGCCGCCUCCCCCAGGGGGGGCAGCAAGAGGAAGGGAGGCAGCGGCAGCAGCAGCACCCCUGGUGGGGGAGGCAGCAGCGGUAAGGGUAGGGGCAGGGCUGGGGCUGGAGGAUCAGGGGGAGGAGGCGGAGGAGGCAGCUGCAACAGCCAAGGCAGGGCUGCCUCGUCCAGGAGGAGCAUCAGCAAAGUGGUGUACGAUGAUCAUGAGAGUGAAGAGGAGGAGGAGAGCAUGGUGUCCGAGGAGGAAGAGGAGGGAGACCCCGAGGAUAACCAGGACUCCGAGGAGGAAGAAGAGGAGGAGAUAAUGGAGGAGGAGGACGACGACGACUCUGACUACCCUGAAGAGAUGGAGGAUGAAGACGAUGCCAGUUAUUGCACUGAGAGCAGCUUCAGGAGCCACAGCACCUACAGCAGCACCCCAGGUAGGAGAAGACAAAGAGUGCAUCGUCCUCGUUCUCCAAUCUUGGAAGAAAAGGACAUCCCACCCUUGGAAUUUCCUAAAUCCUCAGAGGACUUAAUGGUGCCUAGUGAGCAUAUAAUGAAUGUUAUUGCCAUCUAUGAGGUACUAAGGAACUUUGGCACUGUUUUACGCCUCUCUCCUUUUCGUUUUGAGGACUUCUGUGCUGCUCUGGUAAGUCAAGAGCAGUGCACACUUAUGGCAGAGAUGCAUAUAGUGCUUUUAAAAGCAGUUUUACGUGAAGAAGACACUUCAAAUACUACCUUUGGACCUGCUGACCUCAAAGAUAGCGUUAAUUCCACUUUGUAUUUCAUAGAUGGAAUGACGUGGCCAGAGGUUCUGCGGGUAUAUUGUGAGAGUGACAAGGAAUACCAUCAUGUUCUUCCUUAUCAAGAAACAGAGGACUAUCCUUAUGGACCAGUAGAGAAUAAAAUCAAAGUUCUGCAGUUUUUAGUGGAUCAGUUUCUUACAACAAACAUUGCACGUGAGGAGUUGAUGUCAGAAGGUGUUAUUCAGUAUGAUGAUCAUUGUAGGGUUUGUCACAAACUUGGGGAUUUGCUUUGCUGUGAAACUUGCUCAGCUGUGUACCAUCUGGAGUGCGUGAAACCACCUCUAGAAGAGGUACCAGAAGAUGAGUGGCAGUGUGAGGUCUGUGUUGCACAUAAGGUGCCUGGAGUGACUGACUGUGUUGCUGAAAUCCAAAAAAACAAACCAUACAUUCGACAUGAACCUAUUGGAUAUGACAGGCAUAGAAGAAAAUACUGGUUCCUGAACAGAAGAAUCAUUAUAGAGGAAGAUUCAGAAAGUGAGAAAGACAAGAAAAUCUGGUACUUUAGCACAAAGAUACAGCUGGCAGAGUUAAUUGAAUGCCUAGACAAAGAUUACUGGGAAGCUGAUCUAUGCAAAACUCUGGAAGAAAUGCGUGAAGAAAUCCAUCGGCACAUGGAUGUGACAGAAGACCUCACUAAUAAAGCAAGGGGCAACAACAAAUCUUUCCUUUCUGCAGCAAAUGAUGAAAUUUUGGACAUUAUCAGAGCAAGAAAAGGAGAAAUAGUGGAAGAUAAAAAUACAGCAGAUGAUGAAGCAGAAAAGCCCAAAAGUGAUGCUGAUAAUGAGCAAACAGAUGCUGAGAGGGCCAAGGAAGAGUCUGGAGACCAAGAUAAAAUUGAGGAAACACCCACUGAGCAAGAUGAAGAAAAAGUGAAAACAGAAGAGGCAACAGUCAUUGGGGAUAAAAGUAACUCUGUGACAUCAAGCACUGAUGACAACAACACAAAUCCUUCUGCAGGAGAGAAUAGUUGCUCUGAAGGGAAGAACCCAGUGGGGUGUCAGUCAGAAAACCCUGAGAGCAACAACGUGGCAGAGAAGAAGGUGGCAUCUGAGCUCCCUCAGGAACUCUCAGAAGAAACUGGUGAGAUGAUCCCUAGCAACAGCAGCAUUGCACCUGCUGCACCUCAGUCAGAUGUUGAAAACAGCAACAGCAGUGAGCUGGGCUCUGGGCAGAAUGACUCCCUGAAGACACCUGAUGAUGCUGAAAAUGCAGAGAGGGGAUCCCAGACUUCAGAGGACACAGGAGAGAAAUCUAAUGGUGAAAGAAGUGAUUCUCCAGGUGCAGGGAAGGGCACGCCGGGUUCCACACGAAUGCUGACAAGAUUACGAAAUCCAGAUAGCAAGUUGUGCCAGAUGAAAAGCCAGCAGGUUGCUGCUGCAGCACAUGAAGCAAAUAAAUUGUAUAAAGAAGGCAGAGAGGUUCUGGUGGUCAACUCUCAAGGUGAAGUCUCUCGAAUGAACACAAAGAAAGAAGUUGUGAUGAAAGGAAAUAUCAACAAUUAUUUCAAGUUAGGGCAAGAGGGGAAGUAUCGUGUUUAUCACAACCAGUAUGCCACAAAUUCCUUUGCCCUGAACAAACACCAGCACAGGGAAGACCAUGACAAGAGACGACACCUCUCACACAAAUUCUGUCUGACUCCUGCUGGAGAAUUCAAAUGGAAUGGGUCUGUACAUGGCUCCAGAGUUCUCACCAUAUCCACCUUGAGGCUGACUAUUAUUCAGCUAGAAAACAACAUCCCAGCAUCAUUCCUCCACCCUAACUGGGCUUCCCACAGGUCUAACUGGAUUAAGGCUGUUCAGAUGUGCAGCAAACCCAGAGAAUUUGCACUAGCUCUGGCUAUAUUGGAAUGUGCAAUCAAACCAGUUGUCAUGCUGCCCAUCUGGAGGGAGUCCUUGGGGCAUACUAGAUUACGUAGAAUGACAGCAUUAGAAAGAGAAGAAAAGGAGAAAGUGAAAAAAAAAGAGAGAAAACAAGAAGAAGAAGAAACAAUGCAGCAAGCUACAUGGGUGAAAUACACAUUUCCUGUCAAACAUCAAGUUUGGAAGCAGAAAGGAGAAGAAUACAGAGUAACAGGAUAUGGUGGCUGGAGCUGGAUUAGUAAAACACAUGUCCACCGGUUUAUGCCCAAACUCCCUGGCAAUACCAAUGCAAAUUACAGGAAGUUGCUACCAACAAAGAGUGAAGAUGAAAAAUGCAACUUGGAUAAACGAAAAGGUCCAAGUAAGGUGAAAACAGAGAAAGACAGAACAAAGGAUUCUCAUGAUCUGCAAGCUAAAGACAAAGCAGAUGAUUCAGAAACCUUGGAGAAAGUGCAAGUGAAAGAAGAGAAGUCCUGUGAAGAAAAAGUAGAAGUUGAUACAGUUUCUGAAAACUCAGAUCAUGCAAAAGACAAAGCAGAAAAAGGAAUCGAUGGUGAAAAUGACAAAGUCAUCAAGGAAGAACCUAUGGAUGUAGAUGAUGAGAAAACUGAACCCUCUGGAAAAGAUGAGGAAAGUCACUGUAAGAGGGAUAUAAUCAAUGUCAGCGAGGGGUUUCAUUUAAGGACUUGCUACAAAAGGAAAGUGAAAUCAUCCAAAUUAGAUGGACUGCUUGAGAGGAGAAUAAAACAGUUUACACUGGAAGAAAAGCAACGUCUGGAAAGGAUGAAACUGGAGGCUAGUGCUAAAACAGGAGGCAUUCCAUCUGUAAGCCCCCAGAAGAACAUAGAUGAGCUACAAAUGAGAAAAAUAAAAGAAGGCAGCCAGUUUGAUAUGUCUUCCCAAGAUCAAAGCUGUAUUUCAAGUAAGACCCAAACUGAAGAUGCAGAACAGGACUGCUUGCCCAUCAGCAGCAUCUCUUGUACCAAACCCAGUGAGCCCUCUUUGCCUUUGACAGACAAGCUGUCAAAAAGAGAAGGCCAGCUACUGGAUGAAGACUCACCUCAGUCCUCUGAAGGGGAAAGCUCCAUUCACAAUGAUAGUAAAGAAAGCAACCCUGAUCCUAUGACUGCUGAUGGACAAGAGGCUCUUGAAGAGCCUGAGAAUUCAUUUGUGGAUGGCUUGAAACACACAAAUACAGAAUGGGAUGGUUCAGGAACGAGCCACAAAACUUUAAAACAAAAACUACCUACUGCCAGAGAAAACUUAGAGCCAGUGGUAACUGAAAGCACCUGUAGAAAAGACACUCUGGGUACUCUUGAAAAACCAGAUUCAGAAGGGAAUGCUGAACAGCAGAGCAAAGAUCCAGAAAACAAUUGUAUGCUAAAAAGCCAUAUUGAACCAACAUCCUCUCAAGAAAGUGAAAUGGAGGAAGACAUUGCUCCAGGAAAAACUGAAAAUAAAUCUGAAAACAAGAGUAUAAUUCCCCAGAAGUCAGUUAGUAAAGAUCUAGAACCAUUUACAACAGAGCUAACGUCAGAAACAAACCUUGAAAGUCAAUCUCAGGAAGACAUGGAGAAGGUAGAAGCUGAUGAGGAUUUACUGAGCUCUAAACUGACUGAGGCUAAUGGUCAAAAGAAAGGUCAGGACACCAGUACUGUAAGCAAAUACCUUGAUCAGACAAAUCUAAAUAGUGUUACUGACAAAAAGAAUAAUAAGGAUGAAGAAACUGAGACAAACUUAGAAAAAUCAGCAUUUCAAAUUAAUGGAAAAGACAGUGACAAUAAAUUGUUAUCAAAUGAUGACUGUUUAGGUAAGGAUACCUGUGAAGCUAAGACAGGGGGUGAUAUUGAACCCAAAGUUAAUAAUAUUAAUAAAUCCAUUCCAGAACAUGAAAUAAAACCAUUGACUUUCAAGGAAUCUUCAGUAAAGCCAUUCAUGAAUGGUGACAUCAUGGUAGAGGACACAAAGGACAAAAAUAAUGUGGACCCAAAGUCACAUCUGCAGAGUUCACCGGAGUUUGAAUCAGGAGAGGAUCUUCAGCCAGCAAAUGAGGUUCCUGAGUAUGUGCAAACAGCUGAAGAAAAGCAGCUUUCUCCUGAGAGAUCUGCAUUUGUUGGCACCACUUCUACACCUGCACAUGGUAUUUGUAAAGAAAAUAAUCUGAAUAGUGAAACAGAAUCCAUGGAAACUGAAGUAAUUGAGGAUAAGAAGGCUGCUCCAUCACCUGUAACCUCAUGUGAGGAAUCUAGCUUGAGUAGUGACUUUGCUGAUCAGAACGGUGUACAGACAUAUAAAGUGGAAAAUAUUAAUGGAGAAAAUAAGAUUAAAACUGUUAUUACUGAAGUGACUACCACGACAUCCACCGUGUCAACAGAAUCCAAAACUGUGUUUAAAGUUGCAGAAACUGUAGCUUCUACUGAUGAGAAAACAACAGUGGUGUCAUCUACAGAAAAUUGUGCCAUAUCCACUGUAACUACCACAACUACUGUAACCAAACUUACCACUCCAGCUACAGACAGUAAUGUUGAUGUCAUUUCUGUACAAGAGCACAGUAAAACAGUGGUUACAACAACAGUAACCGAUUCCCUGACCACCCCAGAAGGCACAUUGGUGACUUCCAUGACUGUCAGCAAAGAGUAUUCUACUAAAGACAAAGUGAAGCUGAUGAAAUUUGCAAGACCCAAAAAAACUCGUUCUGGAACUGCCUUACCAUCUUAUAGAAAAUUUGUCACCAAAAGCAGUAAAAAAAGCAUCUUUGUUUUACCCAACGAUGACUUAAAAAAGCUGGCCAGAAAAGGAGGGAUCAGAGAAGUUCCUUAUUUCAAUUACAAUGCAAAACCUGCCUUGGAUAUCUGGCCAUAUCCAUCCCCAAGGCCAACUUUUGGGAUCACUUGGAGGUACCGACUACAAACAGUGAAAUCCUUGGCUGGAGUGAGCCUGAUGUUGAGGUUGUUGUGGGCAUGUCUCAAAUGGGAUGAUAUGGCAGCCAAAGCUCCACCUGGGGGAGGAACUACACGUACAGAAACAUCUGAAACUGAAAUUACAACAACAGAAAUAAUCAAGAGAAGAGAUGUUGGUCCCUAUGGAAUCCGGUCAGAGUACUGUAUAAGAAAAAUUAUUUGUCCCAUUGGUGUACCAGAGGCUCCAAAAGAAACUCCAACACCCCAGAGGAAGGGACUGCGAUCAAGUGCACUGAGGCCAAAAAGGCCAGAAACACCCAAGCAAACAGGCCCUGUUAUAAUUGAGAGUUGGGUAGCAGAGGAGGAAUUGGAACUGUGGGAGAUCAGGGCAUUUGCUGAAAGGGUGGAGAAGGAAAAGGCACAGGCAGUUGAACAACAGGCUAAGGUUAGUGAACAGAAGAAGGCAGAGGAAUUCAAGGCCCAAUUGGAGGCUCAACUAAAACACCAACGAUUGGCUGCCCAGCAGAAACGUCUGGAGCAGCAGAAGCAGAUCCCUGCUGCAGGUGUGGCCCCUGCUGUCACUACAACCAGCAGCACUACAACUACUGUCUCAACACCACAGAAAGUUGUGGUAGGGCCUUUACCUGGCCCAGUCCCCACUGGAACCAAAGUAGUACUUACUACAAAAGUGGGUUCUCCAGCUACAGUAACAUUCCAACAAAACAAGAAUUUCCAUCAGACUUUUGCUACUUGGGUUAAACAAGGCCAGUCUUCAACAGCCACUAGCACAGCUGCCACUUCAGCCACAACCAUUGCCAGCACAGGGCAGACCUUCCAGAUCUCAGGCAGUCCAGUAACGAUGGCAGGGAAAGUGAUAACUAAGCUGCCACUCCCUGCAAACAGCAAGAUUGUUGCCGUCAAUGUGCCAUCAACUCAAGGAGGUGUUGUUCAAGUUCAGCAAAAGGUGUUGGGUAUCAUUCCAUCAACUACAGGUGCAAGUCAGACAUAUACUUCAUUCCAGCCAAGGACAGCAACUGUAACCAUUAGGCCAAAUACCACAGGGACAUUAGGAACAACAAGCACUUCACAAGUAGUGCAAGGGACACCACUCCGUCCUGGGAUGACAGUGAUAAGGACACCACUCCAGCAGUCAUCCCUUGGGAAAACCAUCAUCAGAACACCUCUAGUGGUGCAACAAGGUAUUCUUCCAGCCAGUCAGACACAGCAAGUGGUGACUCAAAUAAUCAGGGGUCAGCCUGUCUCCACAGCAGUUUCUAGUACCAGCACAGCCUCUUCCAGUGCUGGACAAAAGACUGUCACAAGUCCUGGAACACCUCCUCAGCAAAUGCAGCCACAAACCCCAUCACAGCCCCCUCGCCCACAGCAGGGGCAAGUGAAGCUGACUAUGGCCCAGCUCACACAACUAACACAAGGACAGGGUGGCAGCCAAGGAUUAACUGUGGUAAUUCAGGGACAAGGUCAAACUACUGGUCAAUUACAAUUAAUUCCUCAGGGUGUGACUGUAAUACCUGGUCCAGGACAACAGCUUAUGCAAGCAGCAAUGCCAAAUGGUACAAUUCAGAGAUUUCUUUUCACCCCACUACCAGCAGCUGCUACUACAGCUAGCACAACUACAACAACAGUUUCCACUUCAACCUCGGCUACAGGGGAACAGAAGCAGGCUCUACAGGCACAGCCAGCAUCAGCACUGCCCCCAGCUCAGCCUCAGAGCCAGCCCCAAGUCCAGCCUCAGGGGCAGAACCAGAACACGCAGCCUGUGCCCCCAGCCCAGCCCCAGGCACCCCAGCCAGCACUUCAGCCUGAACCUCAGACCCAGCCUGAACCUCAGACUCCAGCAUCUGUUGACUCUCCAGUCACACCUGAAGCACAAUCAUCUAAAUCUCCAGUUCAGUCUCCAGCACAGCCCCAGGCCCAAGGGCAAUCUCCAGUCCAAGUCCAGAGUCAGCAGCAGACUGGAAUCCUUCCACAAGGCCAGUCCCAAGUCCAGCCUCAGCAACCAGCUCAGGUGCAGACUACAACCCAACAACAGAUUCAGAUGCAGCCCCAUGCUCCCAUACAAAUUCAAGCUCAGCUGCAGCAAUCACAACCUCAGGUUCAGACUUCUGUCUCCACCCUUCCAACUACUCAAAGUUUAAAUCAGGUUCCUGUGCAAUCCCCAGCUCGUCCUCAGCUGCAACUUCAGCAGCCUCCAACAAAAGUUAUUACAGUGCCUCAGCUUCAGCAACAAGUCCAAGUUCUCUCUCAGCUUCAGUCACAUGUUGUGGCUCAGAUACAAGCCCAACAAGGCAGUGUGCCCCAGCAGAUCAAGCUUCAGUUACCUAUUCAGAUUCAACAAACUAGCCCAGUACAGGCUCACCAGAUUCAGAAUGUGGUAACAGUUCAAGCAGCUAGUGUUCAGGAGCAGCUGCAGAGAGUUCAGCAGCUCAGGGAGCAGCAACAGAAGAAAAAACAGCAACAGAUAGAAAUUAAACGUGAGCACACCCUUCAGGCUUCUAAUCAAAGUGACAUUAUCCAGAAACAGGUGGUUAUGAAACAGAAUGCUGUCAUAGAACACUUGAAACAGAAGAAGACAUUGACUCCAGCUGAGAGGGAAGAAAAUCAGAGAAUGAUUGUGUGCAACCAAGUGAUGAAGUAUAUUCUGGAUAAGAUAGACAAAGAAGAAAAACAGGCAGCUAAGAAAAGAAAGCGAGAAGAGAGUGUGGAACAGAAGCGGAGUAAACAGAACGCUACUAAGCUCUCAGCUCUGCUUUUCAAGCAUAAAGAACAGCUGAAAGCUGAAAUACUGAAAAAAAGAGCACUUCUAGACAAAGAUCUACAAAUUGAAGUGCAGGAGGAGCUAAGGAAAGACUUGGCUAAAAUUAAGAAAGAAAAAGAAAAAGCCCAGGCAGCUGCUGCUGCAGCCGCAGCCGCUGCAGCCGCUGCACCACCGCCGCCACCGCCACCUCCUCCACCACCACCACCCCAGCAGCAUGCAGCCAGCAUCACCUCCACCUCUUCUUCCACCUCCUCUUCCUCCUCCUCCUCCUCCUCCUCCUCCACCACCCUCCCCAUGGCUGUGUCCUCCCAGAAGAGAAAACGAGAGGAGGAGAAAGACUCGUCAGCUUCCAAGUCCAAGAAAAAGAAAAUGAUUUCUACUACCUCAAAGGAAACAAAGAAGGACACAAAGCUUUACUGCAUCUGUAAAACGCCUUAUGAUGAGUCUAAGUUCUAUAUUGGCUGUGAUCUUUGUACUAACUGGUAUCAUGGAGAAUGUGUUGGCAUCACAGAAAAGGAGGCUAAGAAAAUGGAUGUGUACAUCUGUAAUGAUUGUAAACGGGCACAAGAGGGCAGCAGUGAGGAAUUGUACUGUAUCUGCAGAACACCUUAUGAUGAGUCACAAUUUUACAUUGGCUGCGACCGAUGUCAGAACUGGUACCACGGGCGCUGUGUGGGCAUCUUACAGAGUGAGGCUGAUCUCAUUGAUGAGUAUGUGUGUCCACAGUGUCAGUCCACAGAAGAUGCCAUGACUGUACUCAGCCCACUCACUGAUAAAGAUUAUGAAGGUUUGAGAAGAGUGCUACGGUCCUUACAGGCUCACAAGAUGGCAUGGCCAUUCCUAGAACCAGUAGAUCCCAAUGAUGCACCAGAUUAUUAUGGUGUUAUUAAAGAACCAAUGGACCUUGCCACCAUGGAAGAAAGAAUACUGAAACGUUACUACAAAAAGGUCACGGAGUUUGUGGCAGAUAUGACCAAAAUUUUUGAUAACUGCCGUUACUACAAUCCCAGUGACUCCCCUUUUUACCAAUGUGCAGAAGUUCUUGAAUCAUUCUUUGUACAGAAACUAAAAGGAUUUAAAGCAAGCAGGUCCCAUAACAACAAACUGCAGUCUACAGCUUCUUAGAGGUCAGCGUGUUAACCUAACACACGAGCAAGAAUCUGGUUGUCUGAAAGUUUUUAAUUAAGAAGCCAGAUGUUUUUAGUCAGGUUAUCCUGACAAGACUUGACGUUUUUAUUGGUCACAACAGUCAAAAUUCUAUUCUUGGCUUAUUUUGUCCAAAGGACAAAGAAAUAAAAAUCAGCAGCACCACUUUCUUGUCAAGAUCAAAUUGUUGUACUAUUGUGGCAGAAGCAGGAAAUCUUUGUUUUGCUGGAGGAGAGAGAGAGAAAGAGAGGAAGAAAAAAAAGAUACAGUAAAUGGGGUCACGUUUAACUCCAUGGAAAUGCCACGUCUGUUCUUCAGUGAAGAAGCUGGUUUAGAGUCCACACAGAAAACUUUGACUGUAUUUAUUUAUUGUUGCAAAAAAGACGCUUUUUUAUUGCUGCCCUCAUUUGUCAGCUAAUUAUUUUUUCUUAUAAAAUCCAGCCCUGGUUACAUGUAAUCCAUUCUGUAUCUUAACAUGAUUCCUGUAGGUAAAAGUACAAGAAGACCUCUAGAUGUCUUUUCUUUCUAUGAAAGGAGCUGCUAUGUACACAUGUGCACACACACAGAACUGGGAAUCAACAAGGAGUUUAUCGUUCAUGGUAGAUAAAAAACAAAACAAUUAAGCUUGCAUAAAAGUUGGGCUAAGUGGUCAUGGACUACAGACUCUGUUGCCUUGGAUAUAACAGUACAAUUUGUCAUUUACUCUGCACCAGACUGAAAUGAGUAAAAUCUAUUUGAAGGUAUCUUGUUUGUAAACAUUUGUCAGAUUCUAAUUUUUUUUCUUUUGUAUUAAAAUUCAAAAUAUGGAUGUAUAUGAAACAAAAUAAAUGGAGAUCAUUGUUCUCCCCACAGAUGUAGGUGUCUGAGUGUGCACUAAUGUGUUUGUAACACUUUGGGGAUCUGUUCAGAUGUUUCAGUAGGGGAGGGAAGUGGCCAGGGAGAUCGGACUGGAUUUUGCUCCAGAGGUGGCGUUCACCACGUCUCAUCUUUAGCAGCUGUUAUCCCUUUAAAAGAUUUCUCCAGUGGUGCCAAAAUUACUGUAACAGAUAACACUGUAGGAAGUAUUUUGUGAAAUGUCACUGCCCACCACUGAAUUAAGUGAUAAUUUUGCCAAGUGCUGUAGGAAUGUAAAGCACCAAGUGUCAUUAGACCUUCACGAGGCGUUCAGGACUGCUCGUUGUUUCCGGAGUGAGGAGUGCUGUCAGGAGGGACAAACUGAAACCACAACCAGAUGCAGGUUGCAAACAACGUUGCUGUUCCUCCCCCUCUGUCACUUCCACUUCAUGGAUGUAAAUUAUUUACUCCUAUUGCCUGUCCACAGUUCAUCAGCCAUGGUUUGUAUGCAGCUCCUCAGCCAUUUGGCGAGCUUUUGCACUAACUCACAAUUAGCUCCUGGUCUGCAGCAAUUUGGGAUUUACCCAGUUUAUGGAUAAGCUCCUUUUGGGUUUAACCUCACACCUUGCUAUGCAAGAACCUCUUCUGUUAUUUUUCUUAAAAAGAUGUUGCUACUGACCACACUUUCUUACACUUCCAGGCUCAGGUGUACAGGUUCUUCUGGGAUAAUUUUGAUCUAAUGAACCCCGUGAUUUUUUUUGUACAUACAAAUGUUGUCAUUUAACCUAUCUGUGAAAAUUAAAAAUAAUUGUUCAAUGUGAAAACAAUUAUCCACUUAUGCUUCUUAAAGUUAAGGAAGAGUAGUUGCAUUUAUAGGUUAUGUUGUCCUUUGACAAAUGCUGC